AUGCCUUUAGCGGAGCUUAAAGAAGAUGUAGCCGAUAACAGAGACAUAUCCCCUUCUGAACCUAAAGAAGCUCAUCCCUUGCAAAUUUGCAUAGGAACAGGUUGGCUGCCUCCCUUCACCAGCGACUUCGCCGCCUCCUCUAUCUCCGCCGGUAGCGCCGCCUCCAUCUCCGCCUCCUCUAUCUCCGCCGGUAGCGCCGCCUUCCUUCGUCAAAAUAGUCGAUUUUCCGAUUCCAGAAGAACCAUGUACAUGUUCUUGGAGAUCUCUUUUGGGAGGUUCACAUCAGAGUCAUUAGCUUGGGAAAAAUGUCGUCAAGCUCUUCCAAACACCAAUAUCCCAUUAUCAGCUUCAACCAACUUGGCAGAACCUAUUUCAUUGGCUAAAUCCAUCAGAAUCACCAAAUUAAUGAGGAAAGACCACUACAACCUGUUAUCCUUACUACACAAGCAUCACUGCAACCGCCGAUCGAUUCAACAAAUCCACGCUCACUUGGUCACCACUGCCGCCAUAAUCCAAACACCACCACCACCAGUCAGUAUCUGGACCACCAUCCUCCACCAUUAUUCACUUGGGAAUUCCCCCGAUGAGGCUUUUUUGCUCUAUAAGCACCAUCUCCACCCCACCACCUUGUUUUAUGGCGAUAGUUUCACAUAUGCUUUCUUGAUAAAAUCCUGUGCCAAUUCACAUCUACCCAUGUCGGGUUCACAACUCCAUUCUCUCACAUUCAAAUUCGGGUUUGAGAGUCAUGUUUACGUCCAAACCGCUUUAGUCAACAUGUAUGUUGUAUGUGGUCAUUUACUCGAAUGUCGCAAAGUGUUCGAUGAAAUACCUGAAAGAAAUUUAGUCACAUGGAAUGUUUUAGUAACUGGUUUAGCAAAACUCGGUGAAAUUGUGCUAGCGCGAUCUUUCUUUGAUAUGAUGCCUAUUAAGAAUGUUGUUUCUUGGAGUGGUAUGAUAGACGGGUAUACACGAGCAAAUCAACCCAAGGAAGCAAUUUCAUUGUUUAGACACAUGCUUGCACUUAAUGACAAUACAAAGCCAACUGAGAUCACCAUUUUAGCAGUUUACCCCGCGAUCUGGAAUCUAGGGUCUUUGGAGUUAUGUCAGUCAAUUCAUGCUUAUGGGGAAAAAAACGGAUUUUAUAUGAUAGAUAUACGUGUUACGAAUGCUUUAAUUGAUGUGUAUUCAAGGUGCGGAAGUGUGGAGAGUGCUUUGCGAGUUUUUGAAGGCAUAACAAGUGAGAUGAGGAAUUUAGUGUCGUGGACAUCGAUUAUCUCUGUAUUUGCAAUGCAUGGAAUGGCAAGGGAGGCUGUGGAUAGUUUUAAAAGAAUGGAGGAAAUAGGGAUGAAGCCUAAUAGAGUUACUUACUUGAGUAUUCUAAGUGCUUGUAGUCAUGGAGGAUUAGUUGAAGAAGGGUUAGUGUUUUUCAAGAAAAUGGUGGAUGAGUCUGGUAUUGUGCCUGAUAUAAAGCAUUAUGGGUGCUUGGUUGACAUGUUGGCGAGAGCAGGGAGGAUUGAAGAAGCAGAGAAAGUGGCUUUGAAGGUGCCUAAAGAUUUGGAUAAUGAUGUGAUUUGGAGGGUGCUUCUUGGGGCAUGUAGCUCCUAUAAUAAUGUUGAGACAGGGAAGAGAGUCACAAGGAGAAUAUUUGAAAAGGAGAAAGGUUAUUCUAGUGAUUAUGUGCUUAUGUCAAACAUCUUCUCUAGUGUUGGUGACUAUGUUGAUUCAGAGAAGGUUAGGAGGAAAAUGGAUCAAAUGGGUGUUUCUAAACUACCUGGUCGCAGUUCCAUCUAA